AUGUCAUCGGACGACGCACAGAAGCUUUGGAAAGUGUACCGAACGGCCAAGGAGCUGGUCAAGGACCGGGGCUACACCAUCACCGACAAGGAGGUGAAUCUGUCCUUCGACCAGUUUGUGUCGGAGAUGUGUGAUCCCAUGGGCAAGCCCAUCAAGAAGAAAAUGUGUUUCAUGGCGUCUCCCUCGCCCGAAGCCAUCGAAAAGUUCCCCGAAAUGGGCAACAUUUGGGUCGAGUUCUGUGAGGAGGCCAGUGUGACGGUCAAGACGAUGCGAAACUUUUGCAUCCACAUUUCGGAAAACAAGUUUGCCACGGGUAUCCUGGUGUACGAAAACAACAUGACUCCGUCCGCCAACCGACUCAUCCCUUCGGUUGCUCCCGCCACCAUCGACACCUUCCAGGAGACCGAUCUGCUGGUCAACAUCACCAAGCACGUUCUGGUGCCCACUCACAUCAAGCUGUCUGGCGCAGAGAAGAAGUUUCUGCUGGAACGGUACCGACUGAAGGAGUCGCAGCUGCCCCGAAUCCAGCGGGAGGACCCUGUUGCGCGGUACCUAGGUCUGCGACGAGGCCAGAUUGUCAAGAUUAUCCGACGGUCGGAGACCUCUGGACGGUACGCCAGUUACCGAAUUUGUCUCUAA